CAUUUUCUUGUCCAUGCCUUUUAUUUCCUCUUCUUACGAGCCGCCUCCUUUACAUCUUCAGACCUUAAGCUUUUUGUUUUUCGAAGCUGCGAUUCUAGCUUUCGCAUAAUCCCUUCCCGUUACAGUUAAAUCUGUAAUAAUUCUUUGCUGGGUUCUCGACAUCUCGUCUUUCUGCUUGAUCUUUGAAGUCUUGACUUGUAUUUGAGCUCAAUUUUCAGGUGCUUUCCAAUCUAGCUCAGUCUCAUAUACAAGAUUAGCACAGUAAACUUUUUUACACCCAAUCAGGUUGACUUCUGAUUAUUAUUAUUUUUGGUCGUUUUCAUCUGAUUAUUUUUGUUUUGAGAUCAUAGGAAAAAGUUUACUUCUUUGGGUUUUUCCUGUUCCGUAUGUAUGAUAUAGUUUUGAUUCAGUUUGUGGAACUUCCUUAAUUAGAUUCUCUUAUCUGAUUCAAACUUAGUUUCUAGGUUUUGACUUGCAUUUGAGUGGAACAGAUACUAGCUUCGUCGUUUCUACUAAUAAAGAUAUACAACUUCUUUCCAUGAUAGCAAAAUCAUAGCUAGAGCAUUUUUUGGAUUUCUUAAUUUUCAAUUUGGAUAUGAUGGGAGGACAAUUUAGCAAGAAAAAAGGUGUUGCAAACCCAACCCCACCUCCACCUCCACCUCCACCUCUCAAAAUUAAUUCCAAUUCCCAAUACACAGCAGAUUUGACGUCAUAUGAAGAUGCUUGUAUGCUUGAUCCAGACCUGCAAGCCUUUGAUACAACCCUCCAUGAAAGGACUAAUCGUGUCUUGAACUCCCUUUCCACUGGUGUAGAAGUUAGAUCAUUAUCUUUUAAUUCGCUCAAAGAGGUUACCAAUUGCCUUCUGGAUAUGAACCAAGAUGUGGUCAAUGUCAUUCUACAAUGCAAGGAAGAUAUAUGGGAUAAUAAAGAGUUGUCUGCUUUGGUCAAAGAGUACUUUGAAAGUAGUGCAAAAACAUUGGAUUUUUGUGCUGCUCUUGAGAGUUGCCUUAAACGAGCUCGAAAUAGUCAAUUGAUCAUACAGGUUGCACUUAGGAGGUUCGAGGAAGAAGUAGCAUUACAUGAUGGGGUUGUAGAAACGAAGUACGUAAAGACAUUAGAGGAAUUACGUAAUUUCAAGGCAGCUGGCGAUCCUUUUACUGACGAAUUUUAUAUACUCUUCCAGUCAGUAUAUAGGCAGCAGGUAUCCAUGUUACAGAAAUUACAGCUUCGAAAGAAGAAGCUUGAUAAGAAAAUGAAAUCAAUGGCUGUUCCAAUUGUAGUGGAUAAAUGGUGUAAUUCGCUUUGGAAUGGUUAUAUGAAAGCAUUGAAGGGGCAGAAGGAGUUGGUAAUUUCAUUGCAAGUUGGAACUUUCAUUGUAAUCCAGGAUAUGGAUAACAUACGGAUCCUUGUCAACAAAUUGGAGGCGGAAAUCGACGCACUCUUGCAGAAUGUCAACAUUGCCGUUAUUAAUGAAGAUGCUUUUGAGAUUGUGAAGAUUGUGAUAGAUGACAUCAAGAAGAAACUGGAGGGGUUCAUGCAAACUAUUGAGGAUUUAGGUGAACAUGCUAGUAAGUGUAGUCAUGACAUAAGACAGGCAAGGACAGUGAUUUUGCAGAGGAUAAUCAGGUAUCCUGACCGCUGAAGAAGCCCUUCAUUAUUUCUUGUGUUGUACUAUCGACAUGUCAACUUGGUCAUCUUAUGCAAAUUCUUAUGCCCCCGUGCUCAGCACAAACUGUUGCAUUAGAGUGUCCUGUAAAAAUAUUAUGAUCCGACACCUGUGUAAGCGUGCGGACUGCCCCAGCUGAAUAGUUUGCCUUUUCUCCAUAAAGGAAAUUGGAACACCUUGAGAUGACCGACUUGAGUCCAAUUUUUAUAAGGAAUAUUACAUUAUUUAAAAAGCUUAUGCUAUUCUGUCUCAAAGAUGUUCUGUUAAAGUUUUCCCCAACAUUGUCUGUCCUGUAUUACAUUAUUGCAGAACUUACAGCAUUAGGCAAGUCUGAUGCUUGCAAAUUGCAAUAUUUAGAAACAUUAUUUGCCAAAA